AUGCUCGCCUCAACGUUGCAAAUCGCCCUAAGUGCGCUCCUGGUGCAGCCGGCCCUGGCAGCCCGCAAAAACCUCAUUAUCGACACUGACAUUUUCAGUGACUGCGAUGACACCGGCGCGCUCCUCAUUGCCGCCACCUCCCCGGAGGUCAACCUGCUCGGCGUGAACGUGAACUACCCCUCCUCCUACUCCGUCACCGCCACCUCCGCCAUCCUCGCGCACUACAACCACUCCGGCGUGCCCAUCGGCGCGCGCCGCCCGCUCACAAACGAGAGCUUCUUCGACACCUUCGCCUACGACCUCGGCGAGUACGCCAGCAAGAUCUCCUACCACUUCUCCGGCGGGUCCCUGCCCUUCGGCGCCGCCGAGGACGCCUGGGACGCCGUCGCGCUGUACCGCAAGCUCCUCGCCGAGGCCGACGCGCCCGUGACCAUCGCCUCCAUCGGCUUCUUCGAGAACCUCUCGGGCCUGCUCAACUCUACCGCGGACCGCUACUCGAACCUCACCGGCCCGCAGCUGAUCGCGGCCAAGGUCGAGCAGCUGGUCGUCAUGGGCGGCGGGUACCCCUCCGGCCGCGAGUUCAACUUCUUCGGGGACAAUCCGGCGGCGACGGCGCACGUGGUGAACAAUUGGAAGGGGCGCGUGGUGUUCUGCGGGACGGAGGUCGGGUCGGUGGUGCUGUCCGGCGCGAAGCUGCUGGCGGACGGCCCGGCGACGGAUCCGGUGCGGCAGGCGUAUGUGUACUACAACUUCUACCGGCCGAGGGAGUCGUGGGACCCGCUUACGGUGGUGUAUGCGAUCCAGGGCCUGGGUGACUUGUUUGAGUACGAGAAUGAGUUUGGGUACAACCACGUCUUUGCGAACGGGUCAAAUGAGUGGGUGUAUGACGAGAGUGUUACGGAUCAGUUCUGGUUGAAGCUGAAGGUUGAUAAUGUCACCGCGGCGGAUGCCCUUGAUAAGCUGUAUCUUGAGGGGGCUUUGUCGGCGACCAACGCAACUCGGAUCUGA